AUGACUACUCUCGUCCUGCUUAAGAAACGGGCCUCUCGGCAAAGUCUUGUAAGAAGUCCUCAUUAUGGCCGACAGUUAUUCAUGAGACCCCGCCUCGCCGGGCCACUGUGGGUCACCGGUGUAUCUACACAUUUCUGUGUCGCCACUCGCUCUAUUGAAAUAAUUACCGCAGUUUACAGUUUGGCGUGUUUUGAUCGGCUACAAGACGUAUAUCUUUUGUAUACAGGAGCUUUAGAGCUUAAGAUGGAGCGUAUGAUCGAAGCUGAACUGCGAAGUGCUAUACGACGAACUGGCGUUCGAGGUGAGGUGGGCCAUCGCGGGGGACAGCGUCGUCUUGCAGCUCGUCGCCAAACUGGGUACGGCCGAAGGGAUCCUGGCCACUCCGAGAGUGUCAUAGAAGAUGGCGAAUACAUGUCGUUCGGCAUAUCUGGUGCUCCGGACAAGUCGCAAAUGGUGGGAGGGGACGUCGCCGUGUCCUGGCUGGACAAGAACAGCUUGAAGGGAUACGCCGAGGACUAUUACCUCGACGCGAAGAGCCAAUGUGCGGGAACCCACGGCUCUUGUCCAGACGAGAGACUAGCGGCCAACACGAACUCCAUCCGCCUUUUGAACGCAGCCCUUGUGAACGGUUAUUCCAUCGUGACAUACCAGCGACCUCUGCGAGCCUCCGACCACCUGGACCUGCCCGUUCUCACGAACGCCUCCCAGCCCAUCAUUUGGGCUAUCGGACCUCUCAACUCGAGAAACGAGGUUUCCUACCACCACCAUUUUACCAAGAGUGACAGGUUCGUCGAAUUCGGUCGUGCGCCGGUGUGGAACUGUCCUAUGCCUGAGAACGAGGACGAUGCUACUCCGACGAGGUCUCCGGUACAUGAAAAGCCAGCUGAGAUCAAACCGAACCCCGUGCCCGCUCCAGCGCCGGUGGCGAAGGCGGUGCCUUGGGAGAUCCCAGGCAUCCAGUGCUACGAGCCACCCGAUGGCGUAUUCUAUGCGCAGAUGGGACCUACUGGCGGCAAACAGGGAUAUUCUGCGAUUACAGGUCACGUCGGCUGGGGCAUAUCUUGGUAUAUCAAUGGGCUGCUGAUUCCCGAGAUAACCCUCGUUCGCGGCAAGAAAUACACGUUCGUGGUGGAAGGAGGAUCAGACCCCGAAGAGCCCGCUCGCUUUCAUCCUUUCUACAUCACUAAUGAUCCUGUCGGAGGGUAUUUCCACAAGAGUGACACUGAAAAAAAGGGGGUCGAAAUAUACGCCGGUGUACGUCGCGCGCGAAGCGGUGACCUAAUUCCCACAGGCGUGGGACGCCUCUGCAAUUGGACUCCAGAUAACGAAGGGCCAGAAGCCGAUGAGUACCCCAGCUUUGGGGCCUAUCAACGUUCUCUUACUCUCGUCUGCGAGGAGGGCAACCCUGGCGUAGUGACCUGGACUCCGGACAAAAACACCCCGGACACCGUUUACUAUCAGUGCUUCACCCACCGUCAUCUCGGUUGGAAAAUAAACAUUGUGGACGAGUGCGACGCCACAGAAGCCGAAGAAAGUCGCGUCGUCGAAAGCGUCGCUCUUCCGUCGGACCUUCUCGGGCAAGAGUCCAUUCAGGUACAGAGCCGCGUCAAACCGGACUCUAACUUUUUAGGUGAACGCAAGAAGUACGAGAAAAUAAUCAACACGAACAAACAUUAUAACGAUUUCAGUAGCGAUAAACACGGCGGCAUCGCGGGCGAAUUGUAUCCCGAGCCAAAUAGAAAGCUGUAUUCGCCCGGACACGAGUAUGAAUUGCCAAUAUCCAACGGACAUAUACAAGACGUCAUAGAAGCGGUCGAGAGUCUAGAGGAGACGAUGAAAAACGAGUUCCAAAGAAACGCCACGAAUCCGCUCGCGCCGCAACAAUAUCAAGUAUACGAGGACGUCAAAGAGAGCCUCGUCCCCGAACAGCCGAUAAGGGGAGACGAGUACGUCAUUGAAAGUGAAAGUUUCCCGGGCACGUUUAUGUUGCCGCCUAACCAGAAACCGCAGACACUCCACGCAGUCAUGCGCCCUAACUCGCCGAACAAGCAGAAGGGAAACAUGCGACCGCCCUUCAGGCGUCCUUCUCCACCCGAAAUAAAGUUGCGCAGGCCACACCCAGCCUAUCCGAAAAGUAAUUCGGGCUAUCCUUUACCCGUGCCGAAUCUACACCAUUCUAACGGUGCACCCAAGAAACCAAAUAAGUACGCCAGUCGACCUCCUUUGAAUGCAAACAGGCAGCAGUUACCACCGAAUAUUCCUCCGAUGAAAGCUAUGCCACCUCUUUAUUCACAGAAACCUAAUUUCGGCGCCCAUCCGAUGCAAAAGAAUGGGCCGAAACAGUCAAACAGUAUAGGUCAAUCUAUCAUAAUGGGUAAGCCGAGUUACGGCGUAACUCUGCCUUCGCAAAGUCAGACUUUAAGUUUGGGUCAUACGGACUUGAUUGCCAAUCAAGUUGUAAAAAGUCAAAUUACGCUGCCGGGCUCUAACGACGCCGUGUCGCAGCAGAGCGCUCCUCAGCCGACUUUCAGUAAACAGGGCCAAAUUAUUCUCGGGAAACCGAUGGAUCACCCCAUCUCCCUGGAUCAACAUUUGGCGAUGAUUACGCAACAAAAUGUACAGCCGUCAUCACCGACACCAGAAUAUCACCAACCGCCGGCAACGAUCAAAGAGAAAAUUGUCGAUAACGCUAAUGGGCAAUCGCAAACUGAAGUAAAAUCCUCCGAUUUCAUUGGUCAAUCGAAAGACCCGUCGUCUUUUGCGCCCGCAAUAAACACCGGAUUCAAACCGGACUCUAUUGUCAUUGAAAGCGGCUUCAAGCCCAUAAUCAGGGAACCUCUAAUGGCGGCUGAAGAUAAAAUCGCCGAAUACGAAAGCAAUGCCAAUCGACGCGAGGACACAGACGUAGAAGAAGACUAUGAGGAGUCGCCACAGUACAUCAAUAAUAACCACGCAUACUCAAGCGAAAAGCUUACUGAAACGUUUGAGCCAAUGUUUAUUCCGUCGCCACCUGACCACUUGUUGUCAAGUGAUGACAAAACGAAAGAGGUGUUUCCGAAAAAUCACGCAAAAGAAGACAGGCCACACCCGGUCUACGUCAAGACCGAGUCCGAGCUCAAUUCGCUUUUCAGCAAGAAAAAUAUAGCACGGGACGUGCUUUCCGAUUUGCUUAUGGAGUCUGACAGGAUUCGGCCGAGUUAUUUGCCACCGGAUCCUAAGAUACCCAAAGAUCACGCUCAAAAGCUUACGUAUUCCGGCGAUGAAACCUUCACAACUUAUGACGGCAAAACGGUUUCUGCUGCCACUUUAACGAGUAUCCCGAACGUAAAUAAAACGCCUGCCAAAUUAUUCUCAGCAAAGUUGCCCGCGACAACAGAGUUACUGCUGAAAACUCCUCAGUUUGGACCUUUCAUGGGAGAAAUACCUCCUCAAGUGAUAGAGCAUAUCGUAAGAAGAGAUAGCGCGAGCACGACCGUUCCCGUCCAAGACACGAGGACAACACAUUUAAAGCUGAUAAAUCCCUCGCACAAGCAGGACUGGGAUUUAAAAGCUGAAGGGAGCGAUAUUAAAGAAGUAAUUGGAAAAAUUAAGUCCGAUAAGAAUACAGAAAAAGAAUUAGAAGAAUACGAAGAAGACGCGGGCGAUGAGGAACAAACUCGAAACAGGCGCGAUACAAAAACAGCGCAGUUCGAAAGAAGCGAAGUCGAAGCUGAAAAGGCUGCUCUGGAACGCUCGAAUAACCAAAUGAACCACGUCGAAUUCGAGGAGGCCGCGCUCGCCAGCGGAUCCGCAGCGACCGUUUGCAGAACGGCUUUACAUAUUGCAUUUUUGAUAAUUUGGUACAACAUGCCUUAG